AUGAAAACUGAGCCGACCCGUGUCCUAGUCGUUACAUACAUGCGCAGUGGAUCCACACUUAUCGGAGACAUAUUACAACACUAUGCCAAUAGCGCAGAUGCUUUUGAACCAUUGAGGUUGUACGCCCGGAAAGAGUAUAGAUUAGUAAAGGCGGAGAUGCUGUAUCGAUGGUUCACUUGUGAUUGGCUGAAAAUCAACAUAAUGGACCUCUCUAUCGGGAAAAAUAUUUCGUCGAGGUUUACGACGCAGAAAAAGCAAGAUCAGUAUCCCACCCGUGUCCUAGUCGUAACGUACUUGCGCAGUGGGUCCACUCUUAUUGGAGACAUAUUACAACAAUAUAACAACAGUACAUACGCUUUUGAACCAUUAAGAUAUAUUGAAGAAGAUAUAAAGAUGGGGAAACAAAUCGAUUUUCUAAACGGAACACAUAGAUACUAUAACAGAGAUAAUUCAAGCUGGGUAUUGGUAGAGAUGUUGUAUCGCUGGUUCACGUGUGAUGUCAGGAGGAUCAACGUCAUGGACCUCACUAGUGUGAUGUUACAGGGAUCAGAUGCUUAUAUACAAUACUACAGGUGUGUAAACUCGAGGAAAAGGCUUCUCCACGCAUCGGUGGCACAGAGAAGGAAGUACAUCUAUAAAUGUAUGAAACUAUUAAAACAGCCUUGCGAAUCUGGUAAAGUGUUUAUAAUCAAGACUAUUCGCUUAGAGAUGGCGUCAGUGGAAUUGUUACUAACAUGGCUGCCAGGACUGAAAGUGAUACACUUACUCCGGGACCCAAGAGGGAAGCUAUCAUCAGAAUUCAACGUAGAACCCAGAAUGGAAUGGCCCUCCAUAUCGUCGCGAGCAGAUUCAGUGUGUAGGCAAAUGCAUUCGGAUAUUAUCGAAGCUGAUCGUUUAUACAAACUAUUCCCUCAGAGCAUAAGAAUUCUCCAGUAUGAGCUGUUCGCUAGUGAUACAAUACGGAAAGCAAGAAAACUUUUUAUGUUUUUGAAUUUGACUUUCACAAUAGAAAUGAAUAAAUAUGUGAGAACACACACCUUACAAAAAGACUUACAUGAUAACUGUUUUUGGUGUGCGAAAAAGACUAAUGCUAGACUCACAUCUGUAAGAUGGCGGCUUCAUAUGUCACACAAAGAUGUUCAACAAGUAGACCAGAACUGUAGGACACUUUACAAAACUGCUGGAUAUUUGGAGAUAAAGGAUGAAAAAGUUCUAAGAAAUCUCUCCGUCCCAUCUCAGGUUGAUUCUUGGAUAAAGUACAUGUCCCUCUAG